GUCAAAAUUCUCAGUCCGUGUCGCGUUGCGAAGUUCGCAAAACUAUUUAAUUCUGGCUGAAAACUGUGUUUUGGUGAUCAAAAAUGCCUUUAGUACGUUCCGCAAACUUUAAUUUAUUCGUUGAAAUUCUAGUUCGGAUAGCUUUGGUCUCCGCUUUCUGCUACAUGGAAUCCAUGCCGCCCUUCGUCCGAGUGAUCCACCAAUCCGACCUGGAGUCUACGUACAAAUACCCGCGCAAAGAGUCUUACGUGCCGGGCGGGCUGCUUUGGGCGGUGGUGCUGUCGGUGCCGUGCGCUCUCUCGCUGCUCGCCUGGGCGGCUUGUAACGACUGCAGCGACGCGCUGGAGAUCCUGCUGGCAUGGUCUCUGGCGCUUGGCAUAAAUGGAGUUCUAACGGACAUUAUAAAACUUAUAGCAGGUCGUCCCAGGCCAGACUUCUUCUACCGCUGCUUCCAAGAUGGUAUAGAGACCGAAGACAUGCAAUGCAACGGGGACCCCAUGGAAAUUAUGGACGGUCGCAAGUCUUUCCCGAGCGGACAUAGCAGUUUGUCCUGGUGCUCUCUUGGAGUGGCUUCAGUCUGGCUCUGCGGUCGCCUCGGCGUUCUUUCUCGCGGGCGCGGCAGCGGUGCCCGAGUAGUCUGCUGCCUGGCGCCGCUGGUGGCUGCAGCCUGCAUCGCGCUGUCCAGGACUUGCGACUACCACCACCAUUGGCAGGACGUCCUAGUCGGAUCGAUCCUCGGCUUCACGACAGCAGUGUUCUGCUACCGUCAGUACUACAAUCCUCUGUCCUCCGACCUAUCAGGUAUUCCCUACAUAGUCUCUAACUCCAAUAUGGUCAAAUACAUGAACGGAAAAUCAGACAUCAGUCCAAUCAAAGGAGACUGCAAGGAGAUCGAGUCGACGCCGCUUUUAAACGGUGCGAGGAAAGAAGACAAGUGGAUAUAAAACCAGUUAAAGUAAAAUAAUAGAAAAAAAGACAAGAAAAAAGAAAAAACAUGGUUAAAUGGAUUUAGGACUUAGACUUCGUUGUUUAACUUCAUAUUUAUGAGAAAAAAGACAAGAAAAAAAAAGAAAUACUAAUUAUAAUAUCAGAAAAAGACAAGAAAUAACAAAUUAAAUGUUUUUACAAUGGGACAUCACAUGAAAAUAUUUAAAAAUAUAACAGAAGAAUAAUAAAACACGGAAAAAUAAAGUAACAGAAAGUGGAAGGAGAAAAAAGACGAAAAAAUCAAAUAGAUAUAAAUAGGAACAUUAAAACAAACAGUAGUAAAAGAAAUAAUGAACAGAGCAGUUGUAAAUAUCCAUUCACGAGGACUUCCAAUUUUAGCAGAGUAGAAAUAAAAAUUUACUUUAAAAUCAAAAAAAACCUCACUGUGACGUCUACACAAUAAUAAUGUUAACAGCAUUGUUGUGUAUAAACUUGUGGUCAACAACUCACCUGAUGGAAUUUUAGGCCAGAGAGAGGAAAAGAAUUUAGAAAAUUAGGCCGGAGUUAAGGAGCUUCACCCGGAAUCCUCAACCACAGAGGAACUGGCUAUCCUACCUCCAACUGCCGGAACAACAAUGCUGUUAACAUUGUUUAUAUGUAGACAGAUUUAGGUAGCUACCGGACUUACACCCGUAUUCACAAACAUUACUAUGAGGUCUCACAGUGAGUAAUGUGUAUGUUCUGAGUAGGUAAAGGUCUUAUCACUAAUCCAUAGAGAUGACUUGAGUUAUGUUACAACGACGAUGCAGUUAAACAAUAGUUAAACUGUAAAACUAAAGUUACCAGUGCUAGUCUAACAUUUGUUUGUCUAUUCUUUAAGAAUAGAAGUUUAUAGGACGUUUUUUUUGUUGUGAACGAAUUGAUUGUUUAUGGGAAGGCUUUAUGAAAGCUACCAAACGAGAUAUUUUUUAUUUAUAAACCAAUUUUUUUAACUGUGCACCUGUGAAAUAUUAGUGUUUCGAAAACCACCAUUUUACAAGUUAAUAAAAAAACAGUAAAAUGAGGGCUACCGUAUUUGAGUUCACCAGUUGGCGCCUUUAUCGAAGUACAGUACCGACUCGCUAGUGGCGCCAAGUGACCAGUUGACAGUGUCAACUUGACGACACGUCAACUUGACACUUCAAUCAAUGAGACCUAUAGUUUGAGCGUUUUAACACCACAGUCAAUGAGACGUAUAGUUUGAUCGUUUACCAGUUGGCGCCAUUGUCAAGCAAAGUCUUGUCAUUCGCUAGUGGCUAAGACUUUGGCGCCAACUGAUGAGCUAAAACACUGAAGCCUUCAUUGGGUAAUUAAUACCAGUGAACUUUAAGCUUAAUCCCAAUAUAUUUUUUAGUUAUUUGAAGGUUUAAAAUCAAGCAAUGAUUAUAGUCAUUUGUGUUACGUACAUAAUUA